GUUGUUUGCAUAUUUCAAGUAGGAUAACAGAAUGGCGAACAUAAGCUGGUAAGAAGUCCACUGAAGGCCGGUUAACGUGACAUUUUGAUCAGUUGAGCUGUAGUGACAAGACAGGAAGUCUAUUUACGUACAUUAUGAAAUUUAGGAACUUGAUAUCUAUGUGUGAAAUAUCGAAAGACUUCGGACUGAAGGAAGGAACAGCAAAUGCAGCCGGUCAGUGAUUACAGAAGUUUUAAGUAAAUGGAAACUGACAGAUCCUCAGGAUCAUUUGCAGCUACAUUUGAAUAAUGCGUUUCUGGUUUUUACAUUUAUUACAAUUUGAUGAUUGUCAACUAUGAAUGCUAUAUCGAGGGAAAGAAAACUAAUAUUGGAAUGCCGCUCCUCAAAGGCAGAACCAGAACAAUAAAAGUGGAACCUACGAUUCAUAACAAGUCAGGGAAUACUCCGCCAGAGGGAGACGUGAACUCUAAAGACUUAGAUAGCGACGACAGGACAACAAUGCCACCGUAUUUAUCAACUCUGAAAUUUCAGCUGAAGCAGUUCGACGCCGACUUGGUUCGUCAAUCGGACUAUCUUGAGGAAGGAAUUGAAUACACAUCUCUUCCAGCGCAUAAAACUAAAGGAACACAAACCAUCACUCUACCAUUGAACAUGCCUGUUGUGGUGAGCGAGAAACUAUGCUUUCGUCGAAAAGGCAACGGUUCACCUAAUUUUAAGCACCGGUUGAAUAAUUCAGUUAAAGACGAUUGUUCUAAGGUUUCACUUGCUAGGUCACACACGAAUGGACAAGAAAACGACGUGAGAAAAAUCCUAGAUGGCUCAGACGAUACGAGUGCAACUGCAGGAAAAUGGUUCAAUGACAUCGAUAAACUAACGAGCUUCAAAGCCAAACACAAAAUUGAAUUCUUCUCCAGAGAAAAGAAGGAAAUAGAAAGAGAAUGGACGUCAACUCCUAAGAAAUUUUAUAAGUGUAUUUUGAAUUGUAGACAAAAGCAAUUAUCUCUGUGUAAUGGUUUCCGAACCAGUAAACGCGAUGUUGAUCGGGGAUCGAAAAAAGUUUCCUUUCCCGCUGAUGUUCUUUUGUUUUCUGCUAUCGAGGAAAAUGCGUCGAAGGAAUUAAUUGAAAUAAUAAGGAUCUACAAGACUGAUGUCAAUUUAAGUAGAAAUGCACGCGGACUUCCCCCGCUUCAUCGAGCAGUACAGCGCGGAGCUGUUGAAUGUGUUCGAGUCCUACUGAGUCAUUCGGCUGAUGUGAAUUUGAGAGACUCCUCAAAUCGCCCAGCUAUAAAUCUGGCGAUUUCAAUGCGCCAGUUUGAGUGUAUUGUGCUUUUAAUCGAGUCAGGAGCUAGCGUAGCAGAGUACACAAACCAACGAGUACAGGAUUAUGAAAACGUUCAGACUUUGUCGAAGAGCUGUUAUCGAUCUUUCGAGGCCAAUGUUUAACAAGAACGAUAUUCGCACUCCUGGGGUAGCUCAAAAUUGCCGCUCGGUUUUUUGAUUUACAAUAGCGUCAAAGCCGUUUUAUUGGUUGAUAAAAAAAGAAACUACUAAUGCAUGUUUUCGGGUUUUCGACUGUAUUUUAUUGUUAUUUUCUUCCUGAAAAUAAAGAUGUAUUAUACGAAAACAAUAUAUUAUAAUGACAAAUUUUGGCAAAGUAAACGAUUGUUCCUUUAACGUGCCUAUUGUUUACACUCCUGAGCAUGAAUAUAUUCUGCAUUCUAAUUUUCUUUCGAAAGAAACAAUUGAUCUUAAAAUCAACACGUGUGCCUUUUUUUAGAUAUUAACAUAUAUAUUUUUUAU